AUGUCCAGCGCAACGUUCUUUUCUAGGCUGCGGAGCCUGUCCUUGCCGCUCCUGCUCCUCCUCCUCCAGGCCGUCUGCCUCACCGCGUCGCCCACGCCCCCGCAAACGCUCUCCAGGCGUGCGGGCGCGUUCCCCGACUUCCUCGCCGACUACGAUGGCCGCGUCAAGAAGGGCGAGUACCUCCGGACCCUGAUGCCGGUGGACAACGCGGGGGCCGCGGCGGCGAACGACGGCGCGUCGGUGGUGAGCCCGUACCAGGACCCCGCCGGGGCCGCGCAGUGGGGAUGGAGUUUGGAUACGUGGUGGUACCCCUACGACGGCGGGCUGAAGCCGAGCAAUGUGAAGUUUCUCAGCGAGGCGAUGAGUGACACUGCGUUUCCCGUGGAUGAGAAGAACGGGGCGGUGUAUUAUUAUGAUCAUGACAAGAAGUUUAAGCAGGCGAACGGGGAGACGGGGGAGCCGUCGAUGGGCUCCUACAGCAACGUCGUCAACCCCGCCGCCGGCGCGCUCAUCUUCGACGUCAACAUGUCCCCCAAGUACGCCGUCAAGGAGUACGGCCUCGGCGCCGUGCCCGACAUGGACACGCUCUCCGACUUUGCCUUCUUCCAGUGGCUGCUCGGCUGCCAGGCGAAAAAGGUCGACCCCAAGAGCCUCAAGGUCGUCUUCCGCGCGCACAUCACCUACGGGCCGACGUACAACCUCGUGCUGCAGGCGCUCAAGGAGUCGGGGCAGAAGCGCGUGCCGGGGUGGAACGACCGCGUGACGUUCAAGAUGGGCACGCGCGAGGGGGACGCGAUCUUGGGCAGCACGCACGGCGCGGGGACGGCGUGGAUGCUGAUUCAGCAUAAGGAUACGCUGGGCGUGAAGGAGAUCACGGAGGCGGUGGUGUGGGGGAUGAUCCAGCCGAAGAGUCUGGCGGAUAAGCCUGGGCCGGCGGAGGGGUUUGAGUUUGAUGCGGAUCGGGGGUCGAGUGUGUUGAAUAUUAGGUUUACGAUAAAGGAUGCGUAG